AUGAAUGAUACUUCAUCUUCAUUAUUCCCUUCGCAAACGAAUUCCUCUUUGAGCUCUCCAAAAUUUCAAAAUUCAAAGUUUCAUUUCUCUUCAAUGGCUACUCAACAACCUCAAAUUUAUGGUGAGCAAGCAUUAGACCACAGAUAUCAUCAAUAUAUUGGUAGCAAUAAUAUGGAGACGCUCUUGAAUGCCAUCGAAGUAUCACCCGUAUCUCCUAUCAAUUUAUCUACUCGGAAAUUACAAAUUUUAAAACCAAAUAACAAUGGUUCAAAUACUUCUGUAUCACAUGAUGAAAUUUCGGACCAACGCUCUUACCAUCAAGAUGAACGUACUAGAUAUGAACAAAUUCGUAGAUUAUUACCACCUCCAAUUUCAAAAAAUAUGCUUACUCCCGACGCAAUGUCUAUCUCUUCGUUGAUAGAUUCGGACCAACCGAUUAAAUCUUCGUCACCUCUUACUCCUCCGGAUACGUCUUUAACCUUCCCGGGUCUUUCUACGUCACCGACGAAAUCAUCCCCUGAUACUUCUCCG